AUGCCACAGUGCAAAGGCCCCAAAAACGUGCAUCGAGUGUCUAAGCUUAGCUUCAACAUUUUGGAUUUGGCUAAUCGAGCUUCGCAUGAUGGUGGCUCAAGAAAGGCCUACGAAGAUUGCAAAAGCUUGUUCUCGAAAGCUACUAAGGAGUUAGAAUCCGCAGCUAAAGAAAUCAAGAACAACGAUUAUGAUAGGGUAGAUAGAUUCGUGUUCGGAGCACAUAUGUGUAACUUGAAAUGUUAUGGUAACAUCGAGAAAGGUAACGAUGUCGAAAUUCCGAUUGGCGUGAAAUCGGAGAUGAUGGUCUUUGAGGAACUUUCCGAGGCUGGCAUGAGGAUUAUUGAAAGGUUUUAG